AUGGCAAAAUUAAUAAGUAUUAGUUAUUUUGUUGUGGUUUUGGGCCUUAUUAUUCAAUUAGUUUUAACACUGCGUAAGAAAUGUGAUCCAAACUAUAAUUGGGAUAAUUAUUAUGCGGAAUUCCCUUUGAAUACUCAUCUAGCUGAUAGUGUUUUAGGAACAUCUAAAUUGUAUGAGCAAAAUGAAAAAAUAGCAAAUGGAGAUGGAUGUCCUGCUUACAAAAAUGUUAGAAAGAUACCACAGAAUUAUUAUCUUGAUUCAAAACUAUGUGAACCAGUAUUACAAAGUAAACUACCUUUACCACCAAUUCAGUUCGACGCCGAAUGUCAACGUUGCAGUAUUAUUCAUCCUACAAGUGCAAAAAACUUGAUGUUACAUUGUGUUGGGUGUAUAAAAACCAAAGGACUGCAGAAUUUGAUAAAUAUAUAAUACCUACAUAUAUUUAUCUUGUACCCAGACCCCAUAUGGUGACGAAGUGCUCUUAGUGGUUAUAUAUUUGGAGUUGCCGAAUUAUAAUUGAAAAAGGACGCUGCGUAUAAAUUCAGGACUUCAGGAAUAAAGAAA